UCUGCGGUGUAGUCUAUGGUAGUUGUGAUCUUUGAAACAUAUGUUUACAAAUAACGUGUGCAGUGGUUUGUUGUGUAAAUAGUUGCCGGUAUUGUUUGAUAUUUAAAAAUACAGAACAUAUUCAAAAUGCACGGAUUUGAUUUGAUGCGGGCGCAAUUUAAGGAAAUACUCAACACCCAAGGCUUUGAUCGGCAGGCCUUGGAUGUACUAAAAAGGAACUAUGAUAUGUUUCAGGCAAAUGAUGCCGAUAAACAUUCUGCUUUGGAUCAAGCUGUACGAGAGCACUUACUAAGCCUGCUUUGUGAAGAUAGUGAUGUAACAGUUUUGGAGCAGUACGUGAAGUUCUGUAUACAAGCUUGUCGCUUAGACAUGUGCACACCAACAAUGCCAGUCGUAGUUCUUGGCGAUAUAUUUGAUGCACUGACACUGGAUAGAUGUGAAACAUUAUUUGCCUUCGUUGAAAACGGUGUUUCUGUUUGGAAGGAGGAACUGUUUUUUAGUGCAUGUAAAAACAACUUGCUUCGAAUGUGUAAUGAUCUUCUGCGAAGACUCUCCCGGUCUCAGAACACAGUGUUUUGUGGGCGGAUAUUGCUGUUCCUCGCCAAAUUCUUCCCAUUUUCAGAGCGAUCUGGUUUAAAUAUUGUGAGUGAAUUUAACCUGGACAAUAUAACUGAAUUUGGUGGAGAGAGAACGUCAGACUUAAAGGAUAUCCUUGAUGAUGAUGCAGCUGGAGAAGAGGAAUCAAAACCUGAUGCAAAAUUCAAAAUUGAUUAUAAUCUAUACUGCAAGUUUUGGGCCUUGCAGGACUUCUUUCGCAAUCCAAACCAAUGUUAUAACAAAGUUCAUUGGAAGACAUUUUCUGCUCAUGCUACAAAUGUUCUGUUGGCAUUUAGCAGUUUCAAACUAGAUGACAACCAGGGGAAGAAGAACAGACGCAGCUAUCAAGCAGUACCUGCAGCAUUGGGAGCAGAUAUAAAUUCUGACAAGACACCAAAUUAUUUUGCCAAAUUUCUGACCAAUCAGAAAUUGCUUGAAUUGCAGCUUAGUGAUUCAAACUUUCGCCGUUAUGUCCUUGUGCAAUUUCUUAUUGUCUUUCAGUACCUGGAAUCACCAGUUAAAUUUAAGUCUGAGAGCCACGAACUGAAGACAGAUCAAGUAGAGUGGGUCAAAGAAACCACAGACAUGGUUUACAAUCUCCUGGCAGAAACACCACCAGAUGGUCCUUCAUUUGUGAGGGCAGUGAAACAUAUACUUAAGAGGGAGGAGCACUGGAAUUCGUGGAAGAAUGAGGGCUGCCCUUCUUUCCAGAAACCCUCAGCAGCAUCUGAUGAAGCAGGUGGAAGUACUACUGGUUCAGAUGGGUUAACAAUAGCUACUGGCCCUGCAGUAGUGUCAGCUGAUAGGAAGAAGCAGUCUACACCAAAGAAAAGGGUAAAGAAGAAACUUGGUGAUACACUCCGUGAUGCAACUAAUCACAAUAAAUUUUUUAUGGGCAACACAGAGCUUACAAAGCUGUGGAAUGUCUAUCCAAAUAAUAUGGAUGCAUGCAGAUCAAAAGAUAGAGAUUUCCUUCCAACUUUAGAGAGCUAUUUCCAGGAGGCAAUUGAACAACUAGAUCCAGCUGCUCAAGUGGAAGACGAAUACAAGAAAGUAUUUGAUGCAAAUUUUGGAUGGCGGGCACUGCGCCUGCUGGCACGCAGGAGUCCACAUUUUUUCACACAUAGCAACAAUCCGAUCCACAAGCUGUCUGAUUAUCUUGAAACAAUGAUCAAGAAAGUUGCCAGGGACAGACCAAUGUCGGCAUCUGCUACAGCAGUAGAUGAGACACGUGGAGGAGUUGAAGUUCUUGAAGCAGAAAACAAGGAAGAAGAAGAAGAGCUGCUAAAAACAGAAGUGAAGGAGGAAGAAACAGAGCCAGAAGAAGGCGAAAGUGAUCAUCAUAUGCAUGAUUCACAUGAUCGUCAUCCUACACCACCACCUCGGAAACCGACACAGGCACAACUGUCUGCUGUUGCCUCACUACUGGGAGAGGACUGGAAAAAACUGGCAUACAAACUUGACUUCUCCAGUGAGGUUGAGUUCUUCGAAAGUGAGCAUCCAACAGAUGCAGAGCGUGCAAAGCAUAUGCUGCAGAUAUGGGCUGAAGAAGAUGAUGGUGCAAAUCCUGAGUUCCUAGCAUAUAUUCUUGAGGGUCUGGGUUGUCAUUCUGCUGCAAAAGUGUUGAAAGAACCAUCUCCAUAGUGCAAAGUUGUUUUGUUGAUUAUUUCAAACUGUCUGCAGUGAAGUGACAGUGCAUUUAGGAAACAAUUGAAAAUGUUUAUUUUAUGUGUUGAAUUUAGGGAAUACAACCAGAUUUCUAAAUUUCUUUAAAUAAAGUAAAUGUAUAGUACAUGAUUUUAUGGGAAUAGCUUGAGUCUCAAACUGUCGCUGGAAAGAAAAGUGUAACCAUGACAAUGAGAAGGAGAUUUAUCUGAAUCACAGAAUUCAUAGUCUUGGUCACAUUUUAUCUUAUAUAAACGCUAUAGCUAAUAGUUAAUGAACAAGUGUACUCUGUGUCGCUGCCUUGUGAGAUCUGAUGAUGGCUUUAAAUCUCAAACUGGUUAUCUGUUCAAAUAAAAUAAAGUGUGACCAAAA